AUGCCCGCCGAGGACGUCGAAUCCCGCAGGCUGUUAGCAGGCAGCGACAUGACCUCCCAGCACGAUCCGUACGCGAGCCAGUUCUACGCACAACCACCCAUCGACUACCCACCGACGCCCGGCUUUCCUGGCGCACCAGGCCAUCCUUCCGGUCCCGCGCCUGGCUACGCUCCAGGUCACGGCCCCGAUAUGUACGGACCGCCAGCAGAGUCUGGAAGCCAUCUCGCACCUGUUGCGACCCUUCCUGGCUAUACCCCGGUGAUGAAUCCGGCAGCAGGCCCUCAGAAGCCUGGCGAUGGAGCGGCCACAAGCGCCAACAGGUUUCGCCUUCGUCUCACCAAUGCUCUGCGGAUCAAGAUGAAUUGGCGCGACAUCUUGAGCAGGAAAUGGGCCGUGGCCUUUAUCUGCAUUGUGGCUCUCCAGGCUGUCAUCUGCUUGACUUUCGAGACCUAUAUCUACCUGAAAAUCAAAUCGAACCUCAAGAGCGACAUCCGUAACGACUUCCAAAAACAAAUCAACGUCAUUCCGACCUUCCUCCCCCUCUUCUACUUCGGCUUCGUCUACCAAAAUAUCCUGGUUUGGGAUUCCCUGCGAGCUAAGAACACCAUCCAGAUCAUCGGCGUGUGCUUUGCCAACCUGGCACUCGUUGUGUAUACCGCUGUCCAAGUCGACCAGACCCGCACUUCUCUAAAAGAUAUGGAGGACGACAAGGAUAGGGAGCUGGCUGACGGAGUCGAUGACGAGGCCGUGUUUGCCAGCAUCAGGGCCCUCUUGUUCACCACGCCAGUCCUUCUGACUGUGGGUACCAUGGGCAUCGCGCUCUGCACGUGGCAGCUCUACAAAGUGUUUGCAUGGGAUACUCUCAAGGUCGUCGGCGCCGAUUACAAGAUGAAGAAGCGCUACAUGUACCACCAGAUUUACAUCGCUCUCCUCAAAAUCGACUUCUUCUUCUGGAUGGCCUUCAUCAUUCAGCUCGUCUCCAGUACACCAUCGAACGACGUCGAGUUCGCACUCUCGAUCGCCGCCAUCCCCGUCACCAUUGGCAUCAUCGUCCUCGCCGCUUUUUCCGCCAAGAGAGAAAAUAUCUGGGGCAUGGUCAUCACCAUCAUACUCUACUUUGGAGGCCUGGCGUACUUUGCGUACAAGACGUACCGAAUCGGCUCCGACGCGGAGACGUGGUACCUGUACAUGAAGAAGCCGCUCAUCACCUUUGCCGUCUUGACAAUUGUGAUGAUCCUGGUCACCAUUGUCAUCGCCAUCAUCGUCAUCACUGGCUUUGGCAAGGGUCUAAAGAACUAUUUCGAAACGCCAACGUCCGACGAGGAGGGCGACGGCAAGGACGCGUUCAACAUGACCGGCACGGGCAACAACCGACACAGCCGCAUCACCAUCGAUUAA